CAGUGGGCAUUUAUCUUAUCACCCAUUGAACUUCCUUCCUCUUGUUUCACUGGUUCCUGUUUCAUCUUUUUUAAUUCUCUCUUGGUGUUUUCAUCAUUUCGUAAAUCUUUCUUGUUACCCACCAAAAUGAUGGGUACAUUUGGGCAGAAAUGCUUUACUUCAGGAGUCCAUUUUUCAGGUAUGUUCUCUAAGCUAUCAGGACUAUCAAUGGAGAAGCACAUCAGAAUUACAUCUGUGUCUGGAUAGGAAAGCGGACGUAGCCUGUCGUAAUCUUCCUGCCCUGCCGUAUCCCAUAAAGCUAGCUCUACCUUCUUGGUCUCCACUUCAAUGUCGGCCACAUAAUUUUCAAAAACUGUCGGCACAUAAACCUCGGGGAACUGAUCUUUGGAGAACACAAUUAAAAGGCAAGUUUUACCACAAGCACCAUCUCCCACAAUGACCAGUUUUUUCCUGAUGGCUGUCAUCGUGUUAAAUACUCACUCUACAAGGGAGAAAAAGAAACCAGUGUUAAGUUUUAGUUCAUACAAUUAUUUAGCUCUUCAAAAGAAGAUCGUCUCCCUCACCGUGAGGAUAAGCUUUUGCUUAUAAAAUAUCUCAAUUACAGAAUACAGUUGUCACAGAUGACUUCCUUAUUACAAAUUUUUCUUUCAAUUGCUUCAGUUGUCCGUAACAACCACAAGACAACUCUCUUUACUCUCUUUUAUGGCGUAUUGGGCGAGGCCCCCCAAUAAAGGGGUACCUUUCUCAGGUAAGGUAGGGGUUAAUUUUAAUUUGAAGUACAGGGCUCGAAAUAAUUUCCGGAGAGUCUCCAGAGACGAUGAGCCAGACCGGCCAAAUCCGUUUUGGCCAUCGGUCAAAUUUAUGAGAUUAAUAAAUAACUCUUACUGCGCUUUUCAUACACAUGCGAAUUCUGAAGUUCAAAAGCCAACUGACGAUAGCGUUUUUCACUGCCGUCAAUCAUCUUAACGGACCUCUAAGGAAACAAACUUUACUUUAGCGGGUUCAAAAGGUCAAGGUUUGUGAUUUGUGAUUGGUAGACUUCGAUCCAUUUUGUGUGUUUCUGUGUUUUCAGGUUUGUUGCUUGUGAUCGUAAUUAUGAUUGACAGCAGCGAAAAACACAAUUGUGAAGGUGGCUUUUGAACUUUAGAGUUCGCAUGUUUGUGAAAAGCGCAGUAAAACAAGGGCCCAUGAUCCAAAACUGGUGACACACAUUUCCCAAAAUAAAAAAGUGGUUGCUUAAUUAAUAAAAGUGAAAAUAAUUUUAAUUUUGUGACAGGAAGUGCGUGAACCCCGAAAUCAGUUUCAAUGCGUGAAUUAUAAGCAACGGUUCUAGUUGCAUUUCACGGAUGAUUUCAGAUCAAAGUUCCAUAAUACACAGCGACUUGCUACACAACAACUGAAACAACUGAAUAGCAUGGAAAUUGGCUGUGACCGGUCAGCAUAACUGGCAAGAUAAAAGGUUGACCGGUCAACUCCCCAAUCAGUCCGGACAUUGUCCACUGACCAGCCGUUAUUUCAAGCCCUGAAGUAUACGAAAGGGUGGGUAAAUCUGUCAUUUCUUUCUGUAAAAAUGACCUAAAAGGGCUACGGAAGGAUUUUAUGGCUGUGAAAAAGUCAAGAAAAUGUUCAGGAUUUGUGAUAUUAUUCACAUUUGAAAGACAGUGAGUUUAAAACAGUUCAAAGGAAUGCAAAGUUCUAAACUAGGUAUGCAAAUGGGGUUCCAUCUGUCAAUGAAAGGUAUGUGAAAAGGGUACGUUUUCUGUCAAAAAAUGAAAUAUAAAAGGGUAAGGUGUUGGACCUUGGGGCAGCACCUCCCGUAUAAAACUUUGUGGAGUACCACCCGGGGCAGAAGACAAUGCAUCUCAUGAGAGCGUUACAAUACAAUCACCCUUAUGGCCACUAAGGGGGCCAUAGAAAGUGUCCAAUUUACUGGGGUGUCCCUAUCAAGUGGGUCAUGUUAAAAUACACCAUCUGCUUAAACAAAAUACUAAACAAGAUGUAACCCCUACCCCACCUACGAGGGCAACUUUAACAGUAAACAAGGUAUAUCACAAGUAGCAGUGAUGCCACAAAAUAGAGCAAUCCUACGAUUGUGCUUUGAACAGCAAGAAAACUUUACACUUCAAGAUUCAAGUGAACUAGGAGUUAAAACUGGUAAUGCAGAUCUAGAGUUGGCAUCCCACAAUUUUCAUUAAUCCUUUGAGAAGUAACAUCAUCAUAGACUCCAAAUGAUUGUUUAUUAUUACACUUGAAAAAUUCUCAAGUUUAAAUCUUGAGCUUGUAAUCUUAUAACAGUUUUACAUCACACCACAUUUGGUUUUCUGGCCUUGAUCAUUUUGGGGGGGUUAUUUUAGAAGCUGAGUAAGUUUCAUCUCCAUCUCCAAUUUGAGAAGUAACAUCAUCAUAGACUCCAAAUAAAAGCCUAUAAUUUAUUAUGACACAAGUGGCUAAAAGUUAACCUUAAGCUUUCUUGUAAUAUUAUUUCAUAACAUUUUUACAUAACAGUGCAUUUGGAUUUCUGGCCUGGAUCAUUUUUGUGGGUGAUUUCAGAAGCUGAGUCAGUUACAUCUCCAUCUCCCUCUCCAAUUGUUUCAGGAAUGCAAUCACAGUAUUUACUACUCAAUAUGAUGACCCUGGUGCCUGUUUCAACUGGAACUUGUUUGAUUUCUGGAGCCUCUCUUUUGGUAACACUGCCUCUCAAAUCGUUCUUUAACUCUUCUUCAUCUUCUUGCUCAUAAUCUGAGUCCCACAUUGCUAGAUCACCAAGGUUCUUCCUGUCUACUAGAGUUGGACUAUGAUCAGAUCUUUUCAAAGGUGUAUAGCCACGUUGUGAUCUACGCCAUGAGGCCAUUGGUCUGGAAUAAUGUCUCAAGUUUCCCCUUUACAACAUCCCUUUUUAAUAAAACUGUUAACCUACAUUAUGAAACAGAUGGGUCCUUAUACAUGUGACAGUGUCAUGAGGUCUCCAUCCUAUAGUACUUUUGACCUUGCAGACGAUGUAGCAAAACAAGCAGAGGCAAAAGAGUGAUUAUGCACAAAAUACAACACACAAUCAGGGGUUUUAAAAUUGAAGUAGCGAGAAAGUUUCAAACAAAUAACUGAUAGUAUUAAAAACAGGCUUUCACUCCCCUUCUUCUAGAGCUAUCUCGAAGCAUGCACCCCCAGAAAAUUCUGAAAAUUCAAUUCCUUAAAAUUUGAUUUCCAACAUUCAGGGCACUUAAUUGAGUACAAACGAUAAUGGUAAAUUUGGACAAGUAAUGCACAGUAAAUCCCAAACGUUUCCUAAAUACUUUGAAUCUGAAGAAAAAAGUAUUUCUAGGUCCAGCAAAUUGAAUUUUAAUUAAAUUUUGACAGGACCUUAAAAGUGCGACUGCUUUUGAUUUUUAUUUGCAUUCCUUUAUACAGAUUUAAUCCAAUCAGAAGUCAGCUAGAAACUGUCCUCGACUUCUGAUUGGUUUUAAAAUGUCUGCAUAAAAGAAUGAGUUAAUUAAAGGUGGUCACAAUUUUGGGCUCCUUGCUGUAAUACUUCACUUCCAGCUUCCAAUUUAGCGGGAAAAAGUAAUUGACUUCGCCAAGCAAAGUGGCCGACGUGUGUUGUUGGUCAUCAGUGCUUGUUAAAACCCCUGAACAAUACUUCACGGAUUACUUUGAGCAAAGUGCUGCAUGUUAAACAAAAUUACAUGGCUUAUGUAACAUAACAAGGGUGACAUUCGGAAAAUAUAGGUAGUUUUAGCAAGGCUCACCAACCAGUGAAACAAGAAAUAAAGGUUCCUAUUUUCACUAAAAAAUUUGUAUGUUUAUCUUUUAUAUUUCUGUGCCAUUUAUUACGAAACUGUAAGUGGCAUGUUAAUUUCCACUUCCACAAUUUCCAUCAUUUUGGCCCCAAUUCACUUCACCCUUUAAGCCCCAGUAUCCACAUACAAAUUCUCCAAACUGGUCUCUAUACAUUUCCUUAAAGAAUUAUUUGAGAGAAUUUGGUAAAAGAUCAAAUAUUUUCCUCUGUGUGAUCAUUUUGUUAAUUCUCAUAGACUUUGCUCAUGAUAGUCUAUGGAUAUCGUUGGCAGAAAAUUGAUCUUGAGCACUAUUGGGACUUAAAGGGGUUAAGACAUUCUUGACACCUAGGAAACAGGAGUAUUUUAUCAGGGUGGAGAUCUGGUAGUAUCAGUAAAACUGUGAUCAGCCCUCAAAGUGACCAGAUUUCUGAGCGUGACCCCUUUCAUAUUUUUAGGGAGAGAACCAGGAACACAGUUUCCAUUCCAGAUUAUACAUUUAACUUUGUUCCUGUUGUCUUUAGUUGCUUCUUUGUGAACGUUGCAUUAAUUUCUUUUAUUUUGAAAAAACACCCUGUCUUUCUCAUUAAUUAUAUUGCAUUGUUCGAAAGUCGUUUUCCAUUACAAUUUGUGAUAAUUCAAGUUCCGUUAAUUUCCAAAACCUUAAUUUUUUUGUUGGGAAAUAAACAUAUUAGGAACUUGUGUACUGUCUAUUAACGGUCUCGUAAUAUUAAAAAAGAAAAAGAAUUUGAUCACCUGCAAGCACAGAAAAACUCUUAGCUCAGUGGUCUACAGUCAAAAAACUCAACAAGUUUCUAUUGCAUGUACUUUGACUUUAACAAAGGUGAAAAAUAAACGGACUUCUCGUAAAGAGGUUUUUUCCGAUAGUUAUCAAUGGUCGAUCACUUGGGUCAUCUGAUUAUUUGGGAUAAUUGAUUAAGAAAUCUCAGCAACUUCCCAGCCCUAGCUAGAAUAAUAACAAUUUUUAAUGCAAAACACGACUAAAGGAACAAAAUAACAACAGUUUUAUUAUUUUUACUGAACAAACUGAAGAAUCAACUAUAUUUAUGUAUUUAGGUCUUUUGAUUAACACCUACUACAUUGCAUAUUACACUUACAAGUCAGACAACUUCCAAACACAAGGUUUAGUUUUCCUGUAAGAGCGACAUAUAUCCCUUUAAAAUUCGAUCAAUUUUAUUUGAUUGAUAUAUUGUCAUAUUUGAAGAAAAAAAGUUUUUGUUCAUGAAAAGGUUUGAAAUACUCCAGAACGAAAAGCAUAACAUUAGGAUUUUUGUUCUCAGUAUGAAAAACCUGAUUUCAAACCUUUUCAGUUCACGACAAGUAGAUCACGUUGCCACAUAAGCUAAUAACAUUCAAUCAAAAAAUUAUUCUUCAAAACAAUUUUAAACAGUAUUCAAAGACAGACAAGAAAUAGUCCUUAUGGAGGAGAUGGGUCUUUUAUGUGCCAAAUCAAUACAUUACUCCAUGAUAGAUUCAACAAUAUUACAAUAAUGGAAAGAAACAAAAAAUAACAAUAUUGAUUUCUUUUUGUGUGAAGAGAAAGGCAAAAUAGCUUUAUACACUUGUCAAUUAAUACAACAAUCUGACUUCACAGCUCUUUAUUUUAGUUUAUAAUAUAAUUGCUGUAAACGUAGGCUUGAUCCUGACUUGGCACAGUGUGUCUUGAGUAACAAUACUAAUAAUUUGAAUUGAUAUACCAUAACUACAAAACUCGCAGUUGGAGAAAGCCAUUCUCUUUUGAUUAACACACGCCUCUGGGUGCGUAAAGGAUGGGAGAAGUUUUUGUUUUCAUUCAACUUAAGCGUACUAUACUAAAGUAAUGUUCCAUGGGAACCACGUCCAAACAUUUUACAAUAUACUGCAUCCCCUCUUCUUGUUCUUUUUCGGCCUUUUUAGAGCAGCCUUGGUGGCUUCAUAAAAUACCUCUCGUACGUUUUCCUUUGUUUUUGCUGAGCAUUCCAUGUAGGCGUUGGCAUUGAUCUUAUCACAGAUCUCUUCUCCUUCUUCUGUUUUAACUGGGGCUUGUCUCAUCUUUGCUAAUUCUUUCUUGGUGUUUUCAUCAUUUCUUAAAUCUUUCUUGUUACCCACCAAAAUGAUGGGUACAUUUGGGCAGAAAUGCUUUACUUCAGGAGUCCAUUUUUCAGGUAUGUUCUCUAAACUAUCAGGACUAUCAAUGGAGAAGCACAUCAGAAUUACAUCCGUGUCGGGAUAAGAGAGAGGUCGCAGCCUGUCAUAAUCUUCUUGUCCUGCUGUAUCCCAUAGAGCUAGCUCUACAGUCCUGCCCUCAACCUCGAUGUCGGCAACAUAAUUCUCAAAAACUGUAGGCACGUAUACUUCAGGAAAAUUAUCUUUGGAGAACACAAUGAGUAGGCAGGUUUUGCCGCAGGCACCAUCACCCACAAUGACCAGCUUUUUCCUAAGGGGCGUCAUGUUGCUGUUUCCUCAACCUUCAAAAGGACAAUUGAAGGUUAACUCAACCCUUUACCUCAUAACAGUGGUGAUGUUCAAAACUCUAAACUUUUCCAUUUACGAACAAUGAAAUAAUGCAUGAUCAAACUUAACCCCUUCACUUUUAGAAAGAUUAAUGGUGAGAAUUUUCUGUUGCUCUAACUUCUAAGUCUGUGGACAAAAUCCUACUGUGUGGCCAUUCAAACAAAACCUCUAGGCAGUUCUUUUGCAUGGCACGAUUUGCACUUCACUUCCAAGUUUAAACAUUGAAAUUUUGAAGCCUUUGGCCAUCUAUGUGAGUGAAAGGGUUAUACAUGAAACUCACCAGGGUUAGUUCAUCAAAAAUUAGAACCACAUUAUAAGGGAAAGGGUUAAGUUGAUGAGGAAAACUACCCAGAGCUUUCAUGUCCUUUGUAUUUAGGCAUUAUCUCAACAUUAGCACUUGGUCCCUGUAAGAAAACCUUCCGUACAGGAUAAACUGUUUUAUGAUCAACAGACCUGCCAACUCUCACAAUUUUGCCGUGAGUCUCACAGUCUUUUGGAAAUAUCAUAUGCUAUAUUGUUGAAUAAAAACAGAAAUUUUGUGGGGAAUGCUAGUGCCCGUUUAAGCCUUGAUGGCACCUUGCUAUAAGUUUUCUCCCUAACAUGACCUCUUCCCUGGCCUGUUAGAGUCAUCCAAGAAAAUGUGGCAUGUUGUUACCGCAGGGACCACACGUAAAUCAAACUAAUGCUUAAAUAAACAGUCAAUACCCCAAAUGAAAAAAGGUUUGAUUAAUCUUGAUAGGGGAAAAUGUAGAAUCUCCAGAUUUUUUGUCACAAGUCUCUAGAUUUUCCUUUAUCAGGGGUUGGCAGGUUUGGAUCAAUUCAACACCUAAGCAAAUAUUGACUAGUACAGAGAUAUUGACUAGUACAAAAUGAUCAGAUGUAGCCCACAAAUUCAUGCAAAUGAAGUUGUACGCUCGAUGCUGAUUGUGCAUGCAUGUUACCAGGUAAUCAACCAAGUAAUGUACUGUAGUUUAGGAAAUUGACGUAAAUAAACGUUAAGCCUAACUUUUUCUGCAGCAUAUUGAUUUUGAACAACAUGUCAGAGACUAAACAAGUUAAAAAGACAUUAUUUUGCAAAGAAAGAGAUACGAAAGAGUUAGAUUAGGGUUAGAGUUAUACUGAUGAUCAAAGCGAGGAUAGACAAUGGUUAAGUGGCAAGGAACAAAAAGUAUGCAAGAUAAUUAACCAUCUCUGUUAAAUAUUUUUCAUUGAAAAGGACUGCAAGGUCAUUGCUGAAAACUGUGUUAUAACUUCUACAGAAUAUAUUUCCAAGGAAACAAAACAGACUACAUGAUGGUAUAUCAUUCAAAUAUAAUGCAACAUCAUACUCCAUUUAGAACACCUUUCUUAAGUGUAAUGACAUAAUACUAAAGUUUAAAAAGUAUGAAACAAUUGGAGUAAUCUUAGAUUUAAGAAAAUAUUUCAAUAAAAAUUAGGCAUGUUACCAAGAACUAUUUGCCCAUGUAUAAUUGCAGUUAAAACUUCGAAAGGGUGGAGAGAACAUUUUCAGGGAAAAGUAUGGCUAUAACCAACGCUUGAUCGCAAAAAAUGACGGCUUUUCAUCAUAAUCGUGACUUGCGUAAGUUGCCGCACUAUCAUAGCUCUGUUAUAGCACUCACGUUGACCAAAAGCCAGCUCAAGAAACUGGGUCGGAAAUUAGCAGGCAUGAAUAUCACCAAACACAGCGCUUUCUCAACUGAGGCACCAGCAAAAUGAAUGAUAUUUCUUGCGCACAGGAAUGCAAGGCGGUAGCCACUGACUAGGGGUGUUUGAAUAAUUCGCCGGUUGGCCAAACCGUUCUAAGUUUACUUCGAGAUCGCUAGCGCCCUCCUAAACAUGAAUAUCAUUAUCGCUCGAAGUACCCUCUCCGAGCACAUUUUCUUCCCUUCCAAAUUAACACCAGUAUUUACGCAAGCUAUGGAUUAAACACAAUUUUAUGGAAGGUUAGGAGAGCAAAUUUUAAGCCAAUUUAACAGUAGCAUGUAACCUACUCGCUGAAGCAACAGCUCCAUCCUUGAGUAGGUACACAGUUUGAAACAUCCACAAUUAAAUGUUAUAUUUGAAAGCAAAACUUGACCAAACAGCUAUCGAAGGCAAAAGGAAUAAUCGAAAGACAUCCCAACGGUUCAGAAUUCUUGGUUUCAUUUUUGGGGCGAAGCGGGACAGAUUGUGAAACAACGCCGCCAAGAAUUUGCUCUCCCAGUCGGCUGGAAAUCGCUGCCAUUCUGAUGUUACCAACCGCUUUUUCAGCGCGAUUAACGCCUCUGAACCUUCAAUGAUGAAAUAAUCUCCGGUCUAAAAGUAUAGUAGAAGUCGUAUUUUCACACAUACCUUUCUAAAACCAAGCAAAGUGUCUCUCACUAUGUGCCAGAACCGACGAACUCAGAAAUCAGGAAAUGGCCGGAGAAUUGAUCACCAAGCGCCAAAGCCACACCUUCAAUAUAGCCUAUAGGGGGGUUUAGAUAUUCUGGGCCGCUGACUUCACACCACAUUGCGGUAAAACCCAGGGGCUUGUCCUUAAUUUUGAUUGGUUAAAAAACAAUGGAUUUAACACAUGAACGAACGCGACCACUUAUGACGAAGGUUUUAUUAUAGACCAGUCAUAUAUAACCGAAUGCCGGGUUGAACAAGAUAGAUUUUCACUGGCUGUUGAAAGCGUAUGAAAGUAUCCCAUCCAAUGGCAACGUUCAGUGAUGUUUAUAAUCUCUGUCUGGAUCGACCUGGUUUUCUAAAUUCUCUUUUCUGUUAGCUAGACCAUGAGACAUUCUUCAAAUACCAGUUCUUGCUGCCAUUUUAUAACGAAGCUUUUCAUUGGACAGUAAUGUGUUCUAAGAAUAGACACCAGAUAUAAAUCCGUCGAAAACUUUCCUACAAGGCAUUUGUUCGAACCGCUCCGAUCAAAACAAGACAGGACAGUUCAAAAUGGAUGAAUCGCCAAUUUUCAAACCAGUCAUAGAAGCAACUAAUCAUGUUUUUAUAUCUUAUGCUUUCGAAAAGUUCAGGAACAUUUUUCGUUAUUGUUCAUGCACUACAAUCCAUGCGUCCAUCGGCUUGUUUCCGGUUGCGUGGGUUGCGUGACAACUGCCGUCAGCGCGGUAUUUUUGUUUCCUCUAGUAUUUCACAAUUACGUUUUUCCUUCAUAGGUUUUGCUGACAACUGUAUUUCCUUUUUGCUAAGGUUAGUAUAGACACGGUAAGAAAAAAAGCUUACUAAUUUGGUCAAGGAAAUGUUAGAGAGUUUGAAAAUUCUCCACUAGUACUGUCUCGAAAAUUGGCUAAAUUUAAUAUUAUAAAUGCGCUUUAGGUUUUACUUUUACGUAGUAGUUCAGCUAAGUUACACGCUUUUGUAAAAAAGUAAUCUAGCCUCUUUUGAUCGAUCUUACCAUUUGUUUUGUAAAAGUAGGCGUAAAUCUCUUUUAGAUAUGUAAAAUUUUUUAUGUAAGCAUUCUUUGUAAUAUCCAUGCUGUAAGGAGUCCUUUGUCACGUGCGUUUUACAAAUUGUCACGCAAUGACCCACUGCAGGGUUUCUGUGAACGGUCAUCGAAUAAUCUCAAAAUUUCAUGACAUGUGAAACCGUAUACUCAUAUCCGCAUACAACUUACACCGUUUAAAUAUAAUAAAAAAACAAUUUAGUAUUAAGAAAUUUUUAGAGAUAUACUGGGUGUCUCAGCUGACGUGGUUGCAAAAUGAAAAUCAAGCACAUUUGAUGACAUUUUUAACCUUUUGUUUGCUUUCUUCAGCUUUUUCAGCGCUUCAUCUGCUGGGCUCAACGUGGGCUCAGACUUUCAUCCAUCUUGUCUUAAAAAAAAAAAAACAAUUAUCCUGAACCAGAGAUUUUGGCAGCACCGAUCUUAUAAUAAAAUGUUUGUAAACGAGAAAAUAGCACCAUAAGGAAAUUUUUGCUUCAGCCGAGAAAGCGACCAGUAUGCACUCCAAGGGUAUAAUUAAAAGCGUUUUGUUAUAACAAUACAUAUUUUUAGUGUUUCUGGAAAUGUAUUUACUGACUACACGUGCAUCGAUCUCUAUAGCAACUUAUUUAUCAAAUCACCAUAGAAACCACAGGUGGUCAAACAUCAGCAUUUGUCUAUUCAUCGGCCAGUCUCAAUGAAUAAUUCAAAUAAUUGAAAUAACUUUUAGCUAAAAUUAUGCCGAAUAUAGGGGAAAAGGGAGAGGGACGAUCACGUCCUGGGAAUUUUUUUUUAUUUUGGAGUAAAUUACAAAAAUACUUUACAAUUCCUGCACACGUUUCCAGAUGUGUAAGGGACAGACCAUUUGAAAAGCUACUGGGCUAGGCUAAGGCUGGAGGGGUAAAAGAAAAAUAUAUUAAAGCAAGGAAACAUUCGUUUAUGGUGACAGCCAAAAACCACCAAGACUAAAGCGACCAGAGAGAAAAAAACGAUCAAACUGAUCUAUAUGACCACAGUUACCAAAACGAUUAAAACGAACAAAAUGACCAACACGAGACCCCCUAAGAGGUACACCCAUCACGUUUUUUGGGCGUUGCUCAAGUUCUCUUUCACUCCGACCUAAAGAACUACUGAUUAUAAAGUUACAAAUAAACCGAGACUGAAAACAUAGAUCCCGACGUUUUCCGCCUUAACACCCUUGCAAUACUCCUUAAACCGCGACAACUACAACAGCGGGUAAGUUUGAAUUUUAUCCGAAUGAACCAAUGUCCAAAUUUCACCUCCUAAAUCCAGGGCGAGUACCCCGUCUAUGUUGUAGGCAAGUACACCACCUGGGCCUCUUGUGGCUGGAAAACAGUUUGAUUUACCUAGCCUAAAAUUCUGAAAAUAAGCCCUGGGGCUCAUAUUUUUGAAAGGCCCUUUUGGAGGGGCUUAUAUACGGAGGAAAAUUUGCGUUACAAAAUCGGCUAGGCUUUUACUUGGAGGAAAAUUGGUGUCUCAAACUCGACUGGGCUAGCUUAUAGUUGGAAGGAAAUUUGUAUGACACUUCACUCUAUCGUCGCAAAGAUACCAGGUGAAAAGCGAGGACCAUCAGAAGGAGUUUGAGUGCAGGGUAACGGAAUAGAACUGCAAGUACUUUGUCUAUGGACCGAAGAAAUCCAAGUCCCCAUGGUUUUUAGGCAAACAAAAAAAAUCAUAUGUGUUACUGUAACGGUUUUGCAAAUAUUAGAGAGGAAUUUCGAAGUAUAAGCCCCCGGGUACUUACAUUUGAAGGGGCGAUGUAACGGAGGAUUUUUUUGCGUUUCAAGCUUGUGGCUGGGGGGGGUGGCUUAUAUUUGGGGGGGCUUAUUUUCGGAAUUUUACGAUAUUUAUUGUUUCUUUAGAAGACCGUAUUUAUGAUAGCUACCCGGCGCCAAUCUAGUGCUCUUUGAAAGCUUAGACGCGCUAUGUUCGACUUUCAUUUCUGAGAGUAUGAACUGAUUUGCGCAUCAUUAACUUGACGGUUUUUUUUUUCUUUGAAGAACUAAAAAGGUUUUUACGAGCAGCGUCUUCCAGGAAAAACAAGCGAAAGGUGUGGCCCGAACCGAUUUAUGAGUAACCAUACCGGGCCAAUGCAUGCUGGGCCCACUAAAUAGUGUUUGAACGAAUUGUGGUCGUUUCACCCGAAGUUGUUUUGCUCGGACGCAGAAAUCAAGUCGAUUCGCCCAAUGACCAAAAACACUCUACAGCACGGCUUAUCGGAAUUGUUCUUUGGUUAAGGCUCUACUGAUGAAAAAAGGUCCAGCGAUCUCUUAGCGAUCUCGAUAAAAACUUUGGGCGAAACGACGUGUUGCUGUUUGAACACUCGGGAUCUAAGGAUCGCGACUCAGCAGGCGAGAAUGUUUGCAACAAGUCUUGUGUGGACCCCAUCGCACAUGCGUGCCUCUAUUCGAGCACUUUAUUCCUUCUACCUGCAUCUGGAACGUGGGAGAUCGAGCCGCUGGGAGAGAAACUGUCAGCGCAACAGUGCAGCCGAUGA